AUGAAUAAAGCACAGGAGGAAAUCAUGCCUUAUGUAAAAACCCAUCCCCUGAACAUCAACAAGAUUACUGGCUCUGUUGAUCAAACGCACGCAGCACAACCCUCCACGCUACACAACCCUCCACGCUGCACAACCCUCCACACCCCUCCACGCUACACAACCCUCCACAACCCCUCCACGCUGCACAACCCUCCACACCCCUCCACGCUGCACAACCCUCCACAACCCCUCCACGCUACACAACCCUCCACGCUGCACAACCCUCCACAACCCCUCCACGCUACACAACCCUCCACGCUGCACAACCCCUCCACGCUGCACAACCCUCCACACCCCUCCACGCUGCACAACCCUCCACAACCCCUCCACGCUGCACAACCCUCCACACCCCUCCACGCUGCACAACCCUCCACAACCCCUCCACGCUGCACAACCCUCCACAACCCCUCCACGCUACACAACCCUCCACGCUGCACAACCCUCCACAACCCCUCCACGCUACACACCCCUCCACGCUGCACAACCCUCCACAACCCCUCCACGCUGCACAACCCUCCACAACCCCUCCACGCUACACAACCCUCCACACCCCUCCACGCUGCACAACCCUCCACAACCCCUCCAUGCUGCACAACCCUCCACACCCCUCCACGCUACACAACCCUCCACAACCCCUCCACGCUACACAACCCUCCACACCCCUCCACGCUACACAACCCUCCACACCCCUCCACGCUGCACAACCCUCCACACCCCUCCACGCUGCACAACCCUCCACGCUGCACAACCCUCCACACUGCACAACCCUCCACAACCCCUCCACGCUACACAACCCUCCACAACCCCUCCACGCUGCACAACCCUCCACAACCCCUCCACGCUGCACAACCCUCCACGCUGCACAACCCUCCACACUGCACAACCCUCCACAACCCCUCCACGCUACACAACCCUCCACAACCCCUCCACGCUGCACAACCCUCCACGCUGCACAACCCUCCACGCUGCACAACCCUCCACAACCCCUCCACGCUGCACAACCCUCCACAACCCCUCCACGCUGCACAACCCUCCACAACCCCUCCACGCUGCACAACCCUCCACAACCCCUCCACGCUGCACAACCCUCCACAACCCCUCCACGCUGCACAACCCUCCACAACCCCUCCACGCUGCACAACCCUCCACAACCCCUCCACGCUGCACAACCCUCCACAACCCCUCCACGCUACACAACCCUCCACAACCCCUCCACGCUACACAACCCUCCACGCUGCACAACCCUCCACGCUGCACAACCCUCCACAACCCCUCCACGCUGCACAACCCUCCACACCCCUCCACGCUGCACAACCCCUCCACGCUGCACAACCCUCCACAACCCCUCCACGCUGCACAACCCUCCACAACCCCUCCACGCUGCACAACCCUCCACAACCCCUCCACGCUGCACAACCCUCCACAACCCCUCCACGCUGCACAACCCUCCACAACCCCUCCACGCUGCACAACCCUCCACAACCCCUCCACGCUGCACAACCCUCCACAACCCCUCCACGCUGCACAACCCUCCACGCUGCACAACCCUCCACACCCCUCCACGCUGCACAACCCUCCACAACCCCUCCAUGCUGCACAACCCCUCUACAUUUCACAACCCUAUACAACCCCUCCACGCUGCACAACUCUCAGGUAUGUAAGAAAGAGUAA